AUGCUUUCCGAUUCCGAUACCGAGGACAUUCAAACCCUCACCAUCAAUGAACACUAUGCAAAGGCGUUUGAAUACAAGAAAGAGCGCGAGGAGCUCGCAAAAUUAAAAGAAAAAUAUGGGUCCGACUUUGAAGGGGAUGAGGAUGAGGAGACAGACUCUGAGGACGCAGAAUCUGAAGAUGAGGAUGGGGAAGAGCUCACGCCUGCAGUGGGUGCUGCGAUAUUGAGGACGCUAGCAAGGAUCAGGAAGAAGGAUCCGGCCAUAUACAAUGCGGAGAAAAGUAUCUUCGAAGAGGAGCAGAAGCGCACCGCCGUUCGUGCCCCCCAGGUGCAAGAGCGGAAAACCAAGGAUAAAUCAAAACCUCUUACUAUCCGGCAAGCAGCUCUCGCGUCCGCUCUCGAAGCCAACACCUCCCGUUCGCCCACUCCAGAACCUCACAUACCCACACACACCGAGGAGCAGCGUCAACUGCGUGACGAAACCCGCGCUGCAUUCCACACUGCCGUUGAUCAGAGUGAUGAUGACGGAUUGCUUGUCCCGCGAGAGAAGACAAAGGACGAACUUGAGCAUGAAGAAGAGGAAUACAGAGAAUACCUCAAGCACGCUGUUGGCGAGGAUCUUGAAGGUCUCGUAGUGGUCGAGAAUUCGGGGAUAGAUGCAGGGACUGAGGACAGUGAAGAACGCGCCGGUGACAAAGAGAAGAGCAAGACGAAGAAAAAGGGUGACAAGGCGAAGGGGAUGUCCAAGCAAGAGGCUGAUCAGGAGUUCUUGAUGAACUAUAUCCUCAAUCGCGGAUGGAUCGACAAAUCAGCAAGAAGGUUACCCACAUACAAGGAGAUCGUUAAACCCACGUCAAAAAAAGGCAAAGCUAAAGACUCUGUAGCUGAAUCUGACCUCGAGGCUUCAGAUGACGGACGAGGGGAUGCCACGGACGGAGAACAACAUGUACACGAGGAGAUCAUGGACGAUGACGAUGACUUCGUGGAGAUCGCCGACGCUUUCGAGACUUCAUAUAACUUCCGUUUCGAAGAACCCGACGCAGCUACUAUCAAGACCUUCCCACGAAACAUCGCCUCCACAGUACGCCGAACUGACACAACUCGGAAGGAGGGCCGCGAGCGAAAGAAGCAGCGCCAGGAAGAAGAACUCGAGAAGCAGCGUGAGGAGGUGCGAAGGUUGAAAGCUCUUAAAAUGAAGGAAGUCCGCCGAAAACUCGAGCGCAUCGGGCGUGAAGGUGGCUCAAAUGUUGUAGCCUUCAGGGAGUUCGAUCUCGAUGCGGACUGGGACCCCGAAGCGCAUGACAAGCAAAUGACGGGGCUCUACGGUGAUGGCGACGACUCUGACCUGGAUCAAGAAAAGCCCGUGUGGGAUGAUGAUGUCAAUAUCGAUGAUAUCAUCCCACCUUCGCAGCCCGCCGAAUCAUCUUCGUCUUCAAAUAAGAAGAAGAAGAAAAAGAAAAAGAAGAAAGACGAGGACAACGACGAAGGAGUGGACAUUGAUGCCAUGGAUGCAGACGUCGUGCGUACACACGAUGAUGAAGAGGAAUGGGAUGGCACUGAGGAGAUGAGGAAGCGCAAACUUGAUGAAUACAUGGAUGAAGUCUACGGGCUCGAGUUUAACGACAUGGUCGCAGGAAUGCCUACGCGCUUUAAAUACACCACGACUACGCCGCAAACAUUUGCGCUUACCCCUGCGGAAGUCCUCAUGGCCACGGAUCAGGAACUCAAUCAAUACGUGAGCGUGAAGCGCUAUGCACCUUACCGCGCGGAGAAGUGGGAUAAUAACCGUGGAGAGCGCCUCAAAGAGUUCAGGGAGAAAUUGAAGGAACGUGUAGGGGCCACUGGGACGAGUCACAGGUCAGAGGAUGCGAUACCAAAGAAACGGGCGGGGAAGAAGGAGCGGCAGAAAAUGAAAGCUGCCGCUGGUGCUGGUGCUGCAGCGGGCGGUUAUGGUGAUGAGGGGAGAGUGGGGGUCGACGGAGUGGGGGAGGCUUCCAUUAAAAUGCAGAAGAUGAUAUUUGAGGAGCAGGAGGAUGAUGUCGAAGAGCCGGCAGAAAAUAAGCCACCUAAAAAGAAGAGGAGAAGAAAGCUUUAA